AUGACCGAAACUGAGUAUCAUUCUGUCGUAGAAUUUGGCCCACGAGAUGAUCCAAUUAGAGAGUUUUUGCUCAGGGUCGGCGACGCUUCUCAAGGCACUGAUUAUGUGAAUAGCAUUAAACACCCCAAGAGAAUUGGCGACACAGUACCAAUUCAUACGGUCAUAGAUGUUCCCACUAAUGACCGUUCCAUUAGUACAAGCGACAAGAAAAGUGAUGCCGAUUAUGCUGAUCUUGAAGAGUUCAAUGCACACUCUUCGCUGGAUUCGGAAGAAAUUAAGGACGAAUGGAAUGUCCGGAAGUCGAAGGGCUUUGUUGUCGCCGGCGGAGACACACUAGGGUCGUUUGAAGCUUUCUUAUCUCUGGAGGAAGAAUCUGAAGAAAUGUGCGAAGAAGAAGCCGCUAAACAAUACCACCAGCGUUACAUCAUAUAG